CAUUGUAAGUUGCUUUGGAUAAAUGUAUGUAAUGGAAAUACUGGCUACCACUGGAGCAAGGAAAUUGUUAUAGUAUAAUUACCUAUAUUUAUUACAAGAAUGUUUCUGUGCUGAAACUGUAAGGCCAAAUAAUAUUGCAGAAUGUGUGAAGGGUGUGAGACCAGGCAAGCAGAGCUCCCAGAUAUAUCACAGGCCUUGUCAAGAACGUUAAAACGCAAGCAUAAAAAUACAUACUGCAGUCCUAAUCCCCCAUCAAGCACCAACUGCCACACACAGAUAAAACAGCUGUGAUCAAACUGUGGGCCACUGCAAGAAAAGGUUCAUCUUCAUGUCCAACCCUCUAAUACCAGACAAUCUUUUUCCUCCUAAAACCACUACAAUGAGGAUCUUAGGUGUUCUCGCCCCUUGUUGCUGAGACCGAAAUCUGAUUUCCUUUGAGAAAGCAAUGAGGCAAGAUUAGCAGAGUCCCCACAUCUCCUCUAACCCCCUGACAAAACUGCCCAGAUUAGCUGGAAUUUAGUUUCUACUGCUUUAUUAUUGCUGUAUAGGAGGAUUAUGGGGGGGUUUUUUUUGUUGUUGUUCGUUUUUCAUUCAACCUCACUUAUAAAGAAAGAGAGGUCCUGGAUGUUAGUAAAACAGCACAGAGAGUGGAGACGAUGCAUCCGUACCACAUUUCAAAGACCUCUGGGAGGUGACCACACACCCACCGGAACCUUGACGCAAGCAGGUUUACAGCGUCGAAGCGACGCACACCCGCAGACAGUUUGCCCAGGAAGGGGAACGGCAGGAGGUCAUGGGAGAGGCCGAUCGGGCGGAGAAGAGAAAGUUCUCCUUCACCAUCGAGGAAAUCCUGGCCAGGCUUCCAGUCAGCGAGGGCCAAGAAGGCGCUCCUGUGUCCCCUCCUGCCGUUCCCAGAGAGUCAUCUGAGGAGGACAUGGUGCCACAGGGUGUUCCGUCCGCAGAUGCUGAAGAAAACGCGUGCUUCUGCUGCUGUUACUGCUCUCGCUGCGGGGAGUCGCUCAAGGCAGAGUACCUACCUCUGACAGCGUGCCAGUACACGUGGUCCAGGCGGGCGCGCGAGGACUCGGCCGCGGCGGCGGAUUCGCGCGGCGGCCACGCGGAGGAGCUCUUCUUCAGCCAGAUCCAGAGACGCACGCGGAGGCACCGCACCAUAUUCACCGAGGAGCAGCUGGAUGCGCUCGAGGAGCUGUUCGUUCAGAACCAGUACCCGGAUGUGACGGCGCGAGAGCAGCUGGCGCUGAGGACUCACCUGCGCGAGGAGAGGGUGGAGGUGUGGUUUAAGAAUCGUCGAGCCAAAUGGAGAAGACAGAAGAGACUGACUUUUAGUGCAAGUGACCUUGAGCACUGGAAAAAUAUAGAAAAUAAAACUUAAGCCCUGGAAUUUAAACAAAUACAUGACGCUUUGUAGUAUGGACCCACUAUUAGUUGCCUUGCCAGUUUAAUUUCACCUGUAAAUACAAAUGAAUUAACUCUGGUAUGUUAGCAAAACAAAUAGGAGUAUUGACCUGGCUUGUACAAUAUUAUUAUUGCAGCAAUGUUGUUACUUUAGCGCAGAUAACAAUUCUAAAAUUGUAACAUUUUCCUGAAAAUUGUAUAGCAUAUUAACACAUAUUUAAUUGCCGAUAGUUUAAAAUAAUCGUACAUAUUUAACUAAAAUGUGUCCAUA